UUCAGCCCGUACGGAAAGCGAACGCACUUUUAUCAUGAGGGCCGAAACUAAGUUGAGAUGAGGACGAUAGAAACAGCUUGACAAGCAUCGGACUACUGCCUGAGUAAUAACACGUCUGGGAGAGAGUAUGGAAAAGCAGAGCCGAUUACUAUCAUCUAAGCUUUUCCAGAAAUACAGAGAAGUAGAAGUUAUAUUAAAUCGCACUGUUUUGACAUGGAAGGAAAUUGAGAGGAGGAGCAGAAAACGAAGUUCGAAUCACAGCAACACCUAUGAAACAGCACUCAGCCAUGCAGUUCAGGUGUGUGAAAUAGUGUCUGUCCACAAGACGGAAGAAGAUCGACGAGACAACAAAGACACCAGGAGGAGUCAGAAACAAGCAAAGCAGCUCUCCCAGCUGUGUCCCCAUGCAUUCACAGUUUGUUACGUGAGGAGGACGAGGCAGCACCAGUGGAGGUGUAGUGAGGUCACCUUCCGCUCAGCCAAUCAGGGACUGUGUGAGCAGUGGAUCACAGUUAUCAAUGAGCAGCUGUCACUACUCACUAACCGACCGAAGAGCCUGCUGGUGUACAUCAAUCCCUACGGGGGAAAGCGGCGCGGGAAGCGUAUUUACGAGCAGAAGGUGGCUCCGCUGUUCCGCCGCGCCUGCAUCUCAGCCGAUGUGAUUGUUACAGAGCAAGCCAAUCAUGCCAGGGACCACUUGAAAACAGAGGCCAAUCUGGAAAAAUAUGAUGGGGUUGUUUGUGUGGGUGGAGACGGCAUGUUCAGUGAGAUUAUACACGGGCUGAUCACCAGGACCCAAACUGACCACCAAGUGGACCAGAACCUGUCUGAUGCCGAGCUUGUGCCCUGCUCUCUCCGCAUAGGGAUCAUUCCUGCAGGGUCCACUGAUUGCAUCUGCUUCGCCACAGUGGGAACCAACGAUCCAGUUACUUCUGCUUUACACAUCAUUGUGGGUGAUUCCCAGCCGAUGGACGUCUGCUCUGUCCACCACAACCAAACCUUCCUCAGAUACUCGGUCUCGUUGCUGGGGUAUGGUUUCUAUGGAGACAUACUGACAGACAGUGAGAGGAAGAGAUGGCUGGGCCCUGCUAGAUAUGACCUGUCAGGAGCAAAAACAUUUCUGAAUCACAACUACUACGAGGGCACCGUCUCAUUCCUCCCUGCAGAGGACGACAUGGGGAACCCCAGAGACAAGCUGCAGUGUCGCUCCGGAUGCCGUGUCUGUCAGCACAAGCCUUUAUCAAACGAUGAGCACAGUAACAUGUCGAAGGAGACGGAGAAGUCUGAUAAAGAUGGCAGCAGCGGUUGGAUUGAGAUCCGUGGGAAGUUCAUCGCCAUCAAUGCAGCCAGUAUGAGCUGUGCGUGUCCUCGGAGUCCCAAAGGCCUCUCGCCGUCUGCUCACCUCGCGGAUGGCACCACGGACCUCAUUCUCGUCAGGAAGUGUUCGCGCCUGGACUUCCUGCGACACCUCCUUCGACACACCAACAAAGCCGACCAGUUUGACCACUCAUUUGUGGAGGUCCACCGGGUGCGCAAGUUUCGCUUCCAGCCGCGACACUAUGAGUUGCUUUCACUGGAAGACUUGAGCGAACCUCCAAAGAAGGCAAGUUUCAGGCCCAUAUGCUCCGGCCCCACAGGAUGCAACUAUGGCUCCGCCUACAGCAGCUGGAACUGCGACGGGGAGAUCCUGCCUCAUGCUGCCAUCCAAGUCAGUGUCCAGUGCCAGUUGAUCAGGCUCUUUGCCCGAGGAAUCGAGGAGCAGCAGCAGCAGUUUGUGUUUGAAGACCCUUGGACACUGUGAGCCUGUCAUGCAGCGGUCAGUGGACUAAAAGCUGGACGGGACAUUCAUCUGCUACAAACCAAAACACUGACUUUUUGGAGCAGGGAAACAAGCCCUUAUUAGCGUGACUCAAAGAUACUUAGCAUAUUUACACAAAUUAAGCCCUCUCAAUGCACCUGGAGUGAUCGAAUAAACCUGAAAUGUGUCUUUAAACUCCAAAAAGAGGAUACCACCAAACAGAAGACCAUGAAAUUCAGUUAUCUCAGGCCUUUUGUAGCUGCUAAUGUGAUGCAGCUUGAACUAAACUGAAAUAUGACAUGCUGCUGUGGCUAGUGCUGUGACGUCCAAACACAGGUUUGUGGGUUUUUUUCUCCAUACUUUUAGGAAAAAUAUUUAUAUUCAGAGCAUCUCAAGAAGCUUGUGAGUUCACAUAGCAGACAAACAGUGAAGCAGACUGAGCAGGACUCAGCCAACCGUCCACUGAAUGCUUUUAUACAGCCAUGAAGGACAACGCAAAUAGGAUUUUUCCCUACACAGCAAAUGGAGACACUGAAAGAGAUACUACUUUGUACGGGGGAUGAAGGACAGCUCUACUGAUAACUGAAAGGACUGCCACCGCUGAAAGCUCAUGCGCAAUCUGAUCCCCCCUUUUUUUUGGAGGAAACUGACAUUUUACAAAAAUAAAGAAGUUUUUUCAUCUGUGACCCAGGUGAAAGUAGAUAUGAGCCAGGGGCACUAAUGAAAAGAGCUGAAUACUCUGCUAAUACACUAACAGGGCCCCGGUGGCUUCUGGGUAAUAAGGCAAAGUGGUUGCUAAGUGAUCUGGUGUGUCUCAGCACUGCUGCGCUGCACCUGUGGCUCUGAGCUUUGUUCCUUCCCUCAGCUGAAAACUAAUGACAGUUCAAUCAUCACCUGGGAUUAACCAGAAUUAUACAUUGUUAACAUUAUUAGGGAUAAUCUAUUGUACAGUUCUGAAAUUAGCCUCGUUUAGCUCUUUUGUAUGCUAGGUCAAGCAGGGCUUGGUGUCUCUGGAGGAAGGUCACAGGAGAGGAAGCAGUGUUUAUUUUGGGGCUGUUUUUGCCAUCUGUGUAUUAGAGCACAUACACUUUAAUCAAACAUUAGAUAAUGCAUAUGCAGGGUUAAGUCUUUCACUUCCACCAAUCCCUUUAGGGACAUUUAAUCAUUUAAGUGUGUGUGUGUUAAUGUGUAUGUGAAGGUGCCAAUGUGAUGAAAAUCUCUUUCACAAUUACCCUCUUGACUGCGUUUCUGCAGAUGCUCACUUACUCCAGCCAACGCGCCGCUAUAGCACCUAUGCACAAACUCAGACACGCUUUUUGUAGCUUCCUAUAAAACUAUUUCUCAUUUUCAGUUUCCUGCCUCACAAACACACACACACACACACGCACUUUAACAUUUCACACCAUAAAAGCCUGCUCUUCUCUUUGAAUGUGGUCCAACUCUUAAAGGUGGCUCUCACGGUCCACUAGCUGUUUGUUCUGUGUGUGUGAGCUCAAAAAAAUGUGGUGUUUGUACACAGCCCUGGCUCUGGAGAUGAGGAAAAACAAACUGGCACCCAGUCAGCUACAGGGGGCGUUCAUGCAUCAGACAAAGGGGGUCUGAACGUGGGAGCAGGAAGGGAGGGGUAUUCAGCUUGACUUCAGAUACCAACAGUCCUUCUCAGGAAUGGCCUAUUCCAUCUUUAAUACUGAUUCCGUUCUUAGUUUUGUCCUUUAAAGCAGUGUUUCCCAACCUUUUUGAGCCAUGGCACAUAUUUUACAUCAGAAAAAUCACAAGGCAGACCACCAAACAAAAAUGUCACAAAAAGUAUAUUUAUUGAAGUAUAAUGCAAAUCUAGUCUCAAUUUACCUCCUCGGUGUGAAACCUGGGCCUGUUUAGCUGAACACAGUGGAACUGAAGAAAGACAUACACGAAUCUUCCUCAACAGCUCUGAGUCUCUCUCUUUUUUCUGGGGGGCGGGGGGGGGGGAUGAGCACAUGCGACACUGUCACAGAAUGUUUGGAACAAGAAAACUGAGAGGGGUGGAUUAGCAACCCCUUGGACGGACCCCCUAGAUUGAGGUCUGGUAUAUAAUAGUAUGGGAGGCAUAUCUCCCCCUCCCCGACCUGAUACCUGGGGUUCGUGGGUAACUCGCUGAUCACAUCAUGAGUGAGGGGGGUUUUAUCAACAGAACGCACCGCAUCGGGGCCGGUUCACUUUCGCUUUUAUUUUGCAAAGGGAAACAGGAGACUGUUGUUGUAGGGUGGAUCACUGGUGUGUGCAGUCGUAUGUAUCUAUAACACACUGCUCUUACAGUACCAGUCAGGUGAAACUGGAUAAUUUUCCACGGCACAUAUGAUGAUUUCUCACAGCACACUGGUUGGGAAACAAUGCUUUAAAGUUUUUAAACUCACACUCACACUUAAAUGAAUAAGAAAAACUGGUGCAAUCAGAAGAGUUACCAGAAAAGUGAGAGAUUCUAGUGCCUAUCGUGAUUACAAAUGCAGUAUAAAUGUCAGCAUGUAUAUGUACUUUAUUUGCUGAAUAAACUUUUGAAAAUUGCA